AUGGCGAUUUACAAUGCCCUUACUGGUGAUUUCUAUCAAGAUUUCGAUUACCCUCCUGUUGCUCGACCUGGUGCAGACUGGCACUAUGGUGAAGGUGUUGAUUGGGCUGGCAAGGUGACCGCCAAGGUCAGUGGCAAGUCCCUAGAGGAGUUCAUGCAAGAAAGCAUAUGGACGCUGCUCGGCAUGUCGAACACAACCUUCCACCCUGAGUCGAGAUCUUCGUUCCCCAGACUCGGGAUGGGAUUCUGUGCUGAUGGACCGGGAAGUAAGCUAGUCGAGCAGCAAACAGACUUCUUAACCAUCCCUGUCAAAGACGAAAUGGGAGGCGCUGGUCUGUUCUGGAAUGCUAAGGACUACGCCAAAUUGCUCGGUGCAUGGUAA